UUCUAAAAAUAUUUUCUAGGUCAUAUAUAUAUGAAACUGUGACUUUUAUUUAUUCAAUGAUACGUCACAUGUGUCAUUCUGUCUGGACCGUCCCGUGGCAUAAUAAUAUACACGUAUAUUUACCACGUGUUUUCAUGUUUACCUGAUAAAUUCUUUUUGUGACAGAUUUCUGAAUAGUUCAUAUACAGUGUAAAAUAGUAUGUAGAGCAAUGGAUGUUGGUGUAUGUGAUUAUUCAGUGGAGUACGAUAUUCUAUACGAUAAGCAAAGACGGGACUGCCAUUUCAAUGACGAAAGAAAAUCUGUAGUUGACCUAUAUACCCCAGAAAUCGUCAGAGAACAUCAAGAUGUUCCUGUGGUGCUGUUUGUUCAUGGGGGUGGAUGGAGACGUGGGGACAAAGCUGCAUGGAAAUAUUAUCUGAGUCGCGAUAUAAACUUACUGGCUGCCAUUAUUUAUGGAAUCUUUGGGCUAUAUGGAAAUGUUGGAAAGGCUUUAGCACGUAGAGGAAUUGCCUGUGCGGUAAUGUCUUAUCCAUUGACUAAAUUGUCAACAGCUUGGUUACUGUUUGAACUAGCUACCUCAUACAUUUCUUCCUUAGCAGUAUUAGUCGUAUCAUUCGGAUUCUUGGCUGCUAUUUUAUGGCCCGUUGGAAGUAUUCUGUCAUGGAAAUUCUUCGUUGGACCUAUGCAACCAAGUACUAUGGGUUUAGCGGUAACAUUUGUAACGAAUAUGUUUAUAUUGACAAUUAUUAGCAUCCAGUAUAGAUAUCAUAAAUUAUCUCGGUUCCAAGUUGUUCUUAUUUGGACAGUGUUAAUAGUGUUCACAUUGUCAGGGCAAAACGAGCAUUUUCUUUAUCUAGCGACUGUAGUUACAUUUUUAAUUGGUCAGUUUAUUUUAUUAAACACGAACCUUCAAGUUCAGCAUCUUAACCUUGAUCAACAAGUUGAAGCUGUGAUUAAAUGUAUAAAGAAAAUUCAGAAUAUAGGUAAUCAGACGAGAAAAUUUAACCCUACAGACGUGUUCUUGAUGGGUCAUUCUGCCGGAGGUCAUCUAUGCUCUAUUGCGGCUCUCCAUGAAGAUAACUUUACAAAGCAGGGCAUGUCAAAAGCAGAUAUAAAGGGAGUGAUCACUAUCUCAGCAGUUCUGCAGAUCAGUCUCAUGAAUACAACGUUCACAAGACCACUCUACCUCCAUCCAACAUUUGGAAAUAAACCAGAUGGAUGGUUGAAACGAUGUCCAUCGCAAAGUUUGAUAGAGAAUACUGAAUAUAUACCGCCAUUCCUGAUUGUGACAGCAGAGAGAGACAUCAAUCUUAUCAAGGAUGGAGCAGUUGAUUUCAACAGACAAAGUAACCAAUUAAAUGAAGGAAUGUCUGACCACGUGAUCUUUCCAGGAACAAAUCAUACGUCAAUCAUAUGCAAUUUUGAUAAAACAGUGAAGAAUUUAAACUUGGCUGAUCUUUGUAGCAAUUUUAUUAAAAACUCGGUCAUCUGACAAAAUCAUUGUUAUGUUGAAACCGUUCCAUUGUCAUUCCAAAAAUAGUGCAACAAUUAUGAUGCUUUCAAUGCAAAUGUAAUUCAUUCAUGAUUAUCAUCCACGAAUCAUGUCAGAAAGUAUCACUCCGAAAUUACCAAAUUCCAAAGAAAACUGAAAACGCAAAGUAUUUUAAAAACACUUUAUUAAUAGAAACUUAAGCUACAUUCAAUUUUGUAACAUAGGUUAAAGAAAGUGCCAACGAAAACUGUCUACUUCAAACAUAGGUUUAAGUAGGACAGUAAACAAGUUGUCUACCUGUAGCUUAGGUAUGAAACUAUCUGCGUACCUUUCACUUAGGUUAGGUAGGGCUGAUGUAAACUGUUUGGUCGUAAAAUUUAUGCUGUAUCGAUUUAGUCGUUCUUCCUCACAGCUCUGAUGGAGCGUUGUCUUAUGCUAGAGAGACACAACCUUGUAAUUAUGCAGUCUGAAUAUUGUGGAUAUCUAUGUCGAUAUUGAGGAAGAGAUCAGGGUAUCAAGCAGGCAUUCUACUUUCACUAAAAUUCUUUAUCUCAAGUUGUCUAGGUUGUGCGUUAUGUAUUCACUCAUGGAAGUGACAGAACACCAUCAAUACAGUUGAAGGUGAAAUUAAGAAAAAUGCCUACAUAUAACUUUGAUUUGGUAGGGACAAAGAAAACUUGCAAACCUUAACAUAGAUAAGGUAGGGUCAUGAAAACUUGUUACCUGUAACAUAGAUUAGGUAGGGCCUAUUUAACUGUCAAUUUGUAGACAAUGCAUAUAUCGGUUUCAUUGAUAAUUCAUGGGCAACGUAAACUGCUUACAUGCAACAAAGAUUUGAAAGGGUGCAAAACACUCUUACAGUUACAUAGUUUUGAUGGGACAAAAUAAAAUUGUCUUGCUGUUGCACAGUUUAAGUAGGAUCAAAAUGAAACGGACUAUCUGUAAGCAUAAUUGGUCAGCACAAAAGGUGUCCACCUUUAACAUUGACUAUGCAUGACCAAUAUAAACCUUUUUACCUGUUACAUUCAUAGGGAAAGGAAAUCAUUAUGAGCCCCCGUUUCUAAUAUCAUAUUGAAAAAAAAAGAAAAUUCCUAUCUGUAACAAAUAUAUAAAUCAACAAAAAAGGUGUACAUAGUACAUAGAUUAUGAAACAUUGAUUAUGUAAUGCCAGAUACAAUUUUGUAACAAUAACCUGAAACUUCUAUUACAUAUAUUGUCACAAUUGAGGAAAAGAUGACAAUUGUGGCUAUGAGUUAUGGUAGUCUCAGCUAUUACAAAUAUAAUACUGGGUAACAAAGAGUCAAAAGAUACGAAAGGGUCAAACAAACUCAUGUCAGAAACAAACUCAUAAGUCAAAAACAAACUGACAACCCAAUGGCAAAAUAUGAAGAAGAUAAAAGACAGGAGAGCAAACAGUAGUCUCAAACCAACAUACAUAACUGAACACUCAUUUAAAACUAGUGGUGAUCGGGUGUACUCCAAAAAGAUAAGCAUAUCCUGCUCAGUAUUUGACCAUAACAAAGAUAAGGUUUGGUAGUACCGUUGAAUGUUUUUUCAAUGGACUGUCACAGACUUGUUGGUCUUGGUUUAAU